AUGUGUUACAUCCUGUUGGUGGUGUGUCCCAGCUUAAGUAUUGACACCACAAGGUGCAUGAGAGCUUUAGUUGUCCAAUGACAGCUGUCAUGGAGCUGAUACGUCUGGAAGCGGCAGUCAUACUGGGGGUUGUUAUUCCUCAUAUAUUCAGCAUCACCAUGCCCCCUCCACCUUCUGGCUGUUUGGUGUCUGUGGAUCCCUGCAUGUCAAAUUUAUGCAAGAGUGAACAGGCAUUUUAUGGCGGCAUCUGUGAGGAUGAAGGGUGCAAAAUAAAAGGCUCAGAGGUCUGUAACAUGACCAUCCAGACCAUACUGGACCAAUUUCCCUCUCUGCAAGGGUGUGUGUGUGCCUGGGAGGAGGAGUUCUGUGACUCCAUACAAGCACUGGCCACACAAUGCCACCGAACACCAGCUCAGCAGAAGAAGAGCACAGUGAUGGACUGGCAGUCAAGCGGUUUGAUAGGCUAUGUGUACGAUGGUGCUGGAUCCUGCUUUGACCAAAUGGAAGUUUGUCUCCGUGAUGCAGUUUGCAACAGGUACCUAGCACCUGUUGCUCAAGCAUGUAUGACAGACCAGUGCGACCUUGACCGAUGUCAGCAAGUAACUCAGCAGUUCUACGGCAGCAUGCCCCACAAUGUUGCAGAGAUGCUACUCAUGUGUGAGUGUGAGGCUUCGGAUCAGAACUGUCUGCAUAUGAAAACGGCUCUGCACAGUGGCACAUGUGGAGACCAGACCUGGAUCUGCCAGGAUACAGUUGACCAAUGUGUUGAGGACAGUAACUGCAGAGACCUGUUAAAAACUUUCCGAACCAAAUGCUGGAGCUCUGAAGAAGCACAAUGCAGCGACAGUGACCUCUAUAAUGAGGAUUGUUUCACCCAGAUGGAUCCGGCCCUGAUCCUUGGUGCAGAUUCUGAAUGUAAAAUGGCCUUCUUGUCCACUUUAGGCACCGCCCUUCACUAUCCUUGUACAUGCAAAGGAGUACACAAUAAUGAUCUACUGACGUGCAACAUGAUUCAUGAUGUCUUUCAUAACAGAUCACACUUCAUGACAUAUUGGAAAAGCAGCAGUAGUCCUUCUAAACCUCCUGAAAUCAACGAAUCUGAGCAAAGUCACACAUGGUCACACGAUUAUCUACUGUAUACUUUUGCAACUGUGCUACUUGCUGGAGUUGUUAUAUUAAUGGCUGCUGUUAGUACAGUAUGGAUGUUGAGAAGGAAAGAUAAACCAAAAUUUCACCAUCCGCAGAAAAGAAACUGUGUUGUUAUUCUCUGAUGAUUAUUCAUUUAUAAAUUGUACCGGUGUGUCUAUCCUGUUCUGUUUCACGUAUGUCUUCAAAUCAACAUUUUGUUCCGUUUUAACUCAAAAAUAUUUUGGAUGAUUACAUUUACAUAAAUAUCAGUUUUUCACAAUGUUGAUAAGAAUAGAUCCACAAAAAUGUACAUUGAACAUGUCUUUUGUAGAGCAUCCUGGUCCUUGUAACAGAUGAAAAUGUUGCUAUAAGAGUAGUCUGAAUGGUAAUGCUUUAUAAAAAGAAAAUCAAUUUCAAAGUGUUGAUAAAACCUAUGUUUUUACAGUUAGAAAUGAUGCACAUGUUAAAUACUCAUGUGACAAGAUCUAAUGUAUAUCUGAGAUUUUUAAGUAAGAGGAUUAUCUGUAAACUCUGGAUUUUCUCUGGAAAAACAAAAGGAACCUUUCUCUCUGAUCGAUUUUGAAGAUUGAUCUUUUACUGCAAGGUCUUUCCAUCUGUUUCACACUGACUUGAGCUAUCAAUCAUUCUAAGAAACAUAAAAACACCUGACACAUUUGAGAUUGCUUUAUGUCAACAUAUGUCUUUUUGGUGAUUAGUCAUUGUAGGCUUACACUGUAUCUUAUAAUAAACUUCACUCUGAAAACC